AUGACUGAAGAAUCGGCAAAUUUUACAGUGGAGAACAAGCACAGGACGUGUCGAAUUACCGCCCGUGGCACGACAUUCUACGUGAAUGGACAUUUCUUAGGAGAAAUUUCAUCAUUUUUCGACGUCGCAUUUUUCGGGGAAUUCGCUGAGUCGAGGGAAAAAUUGAUUGCUCUGGAAAGUGAAACACCGCAAGAUAUUGCGCUCUUUCUGGACAUAGUACAUCCAGGUGGAAAGAAAAAAGUCACAGAGAAGAGUUGUGGUGUAAUGAUGCGCUACUCCGAUAUUUGGGACAUCCCUUCACUAAGAGAUAAAUGCAAGGAGUUUUUACUGUACAACUUUCCGAAACUUCGACCCUCGUUCGAGACGACUCUGGGCCUGCUUGAGAUCGCCUACCUCCACGGCUUCGAAAACUGCUCAGAUCAACUGAUCUCGCGGCUUGCUGGUUUUGGACAGGUCUUCCUCGAUCAACAAGGAAUGCUUCACAAGAUUGCCGACGCUCGCACGGUUGCAGCACUUUUCUCAGCCGCUCCGAAAGAAAAGAUUGUUGUGAAGAAAUUUUUGCAUUGUCUGACUUCUUUGGGUAAUAGAACCAGUAAAGAGUGCGUCAUUCUGAACUGUACGAAUCGCCCUUCACAUGUUUGCUCAGUCUGCAAACUCUACCUGUGUUCGUCCCACCAAGACUACAUACCCUGUACGAAGGAUGCACAAUUCCCGAACUUUAUCAAAAUUGUUCCGUUUAACAUCGGAUCUGCAAAAGUUGAUACGGACUUGUUGUAUGGAAAGAACAGUGAUAAGAGUUGUCGCUCGAGAGGAAAAAAAGCACUGACAGGAAAUUUUCCCCUGGAAUAA